UACUUCACUUCUGCUUUCUCAAAUCACAGAUCCCUCUCUCGUGCCUUCUCUCCCAACCUCUCCUCCAGAUUCCCGAAACCCUAAUCCCCAAAUUAGCUCAGAACAGAAAAAACCCAAUUCAUCAACUUUGCUGAGAAAGAGAGAUCGUACCCUAUAGUUAUGUAGGUAGAUAAUCGAGGAAUCCGAAUGGUAAAUAUGGAUCUGAAGUGGGUUAUGCUGAUGCUAAGACGUGCACCGAGAAGGGUCUGGUUAGGUUCGCAAAAUUCUACAGUUCUCCUCGUGGGUGGAAACCAUACCUCCUCCAGGUUUUGCACUCGCUAAAAAUCUCCUUCCUUUCUUCCUCCCCCAAAUUCAGCUUUUUUUCAAAAAAAAAAAUCUCUUCUUGAAAUCAUUCUACUUCCAAUCGAAUCUCUACUGCUCCGAUCUUUGUUUAACUCUUUGAGAAAUCUCGCCAUGCGCGUUGAGGCGUUGAAGCUGAAACCGAUGCCCAACUCUUUCCGUCGGCACGUGAUCCUACGCGCCCUCGUGAUCCUCUGCGCUUUCUCCGUUUUAUCUGUUCUUCGGAAUCUCGGCGGAGCUUACGAAGGAGAGAAUCACCACCCUUGUAAGGUCGACGAAUGCUCCGUGAAUUUCGCGUUUCUGGGUCCGUUCCUCUUCUCAGGCAACGGAUUGUUGUCCAAUAGGUUCCUCAAACCGGUUUGGAGCUCUCUCGAAUCGGAUAAAUGUAAGGAAAACGUGAAUUUGACUGCCGGAGUUGUUAGAGAGCUUAAAGGUAUGAACUUGCUGAGUAACGACGCGAAAGCUCUCUGUAUUGGCCGGAGAUCGGUUUCAGCUGUUCUUGCAAUGAACUUAGAAGGAAUCUCUGAUGUUCGUUUGGCUUACACGCCACCUGUUUUCGCUUUCAAGCACAGGAAGUUCACAAGUGAGCUACACUAUGAAGAUGCUUCCUUUAGUUUCGUCUUCUCUAUGGACCUUGAGACAGUUUCUGUCCCUGCUUCGAUUGUUUACGAAAUCGAGCGUAUCCUUGUACCCGGAGGAACCGGUGCUAUGCUUGUGGGUACUGCUAGUGUCUCUGACUCAAACGGUUUGGUCAGAUCGGUUUCCCCUGUUUCUUCACUGCUCAAGAACUCGAGUGUUGUUCAUGUUGCUUCCUUGGGUGAACAGGUUUUGGUUGUAUUCAGGAGAAAUGGCAAAGAUAGUUUCACUUUGGGUCAAAGCCAUGACCUUCCUGCUGAUUGCUCAUCCGUUGUCAACAACAGACCAUACAUUGAAUCAUUGGAGCCUCUUCUCGAGGAAAAACGUUCUGAUUUCGAGAGACGGAUUCAUUACUUGCCUGAGUUCAUUGAUCUCUCUUCUAGGAAGAGGCUGGUUUAUAUUGAUAUUGGAGCUACUGAUCAUCUAAAAGCGAGAUCGAAUUGGUUCUUCCCUUCAUACCCAAUUUCCAGGAAAGCUUUUAAUAGCUACUUUGUGCAUCACAACACAUCUAUCUUGACUUCUUAUGUCAAAAGCCCAGGUGUUACCUUCAUCUAUCACCCGGGACUCGCAGCAACGGAAGCAACGAUUGACGCCGGUCCUGGAGAUGAAGAAGAACCUUUUGUUGAAGAUGAUAGCUUUGAUUUUCUAGCAUGGUUCAAGGAAACAGCGAGCUUUGCUGACUUUGUGGUUCUGAAGAUGAACACAAGCGACGAGGAGCUGAAGUUUCUCACAGAGCUGAUAAAGACAGGAGUGAUCUGCUCAGUUGAUGAACUGUUUCUUCACUGCACUGGGUACAGAGACUGCACCGGUAUCAUUAAGAGCCUUAGAAAAAGUGGCGUCUUUGUUCAUCAAUGGUGGGAAGAGUAAAGAGCUCUGCAAAUGAAGCUUAAAAACUAAAACUAUAGGGUUUGAUUAAGUUAUGUUGUGUUGUUUUUCUAUGUUGCUACAAUCUUUGCUCAUGUAUAGAGCAAAGCCACAGAAGUUAGCUCCAGCGACUGGGCGCUUCUACGGUUCUACCUAAAAUAAUCAGUCGCCAAUAUGAACUUUGUAUUUGUGCUUUUCAAUGAAGUUGUUAUGUUGUGU